UUCGUGACCUGGCCAAAACACAGGUCUUACUGCAGGUGGAAUUAGUUCAGUGAGCGUGACCUGUUGACCUAGGCGUUGUAGGAUUCCCAGAAUUCCCUUCCCCCUUUGACCUAGGUGGUAUUGCUUCCCCAGCACAUUACAGCACAUCGUCCGGAAAAUUAAUGUGACAUGAAUUAGGCGAAUGAAGUGAUCUUGUAAUGUCUGGUGAUGUAGAGAUAGUAGAGAGCUAAGGGAAACUAAUCUAUUUUCUUUUUUUUACCCCCCUCAAGGCCUUAUGUUGAAAAGUAAACCUAUAGACAUGUGUGAGUGAAGACUGUGUGCAGGAGGAGCAUUGCUAGUGAUGUGUUGGUGUGUUGGUAGGAGAGAGCACCAUGUGAGUGUGUGGUGACUCGUCGCUAAGUAGGGUGCGGAGUGCUCAUGGAAUGUGUGGCCGGGGGGUUCGUGUCAGCCCGGCGUGACCUGGGCUUCCCUGGGUCCGGGCCACAGCACUGAGCUGCCCCCGGGGUCAUGGAUAGCCUCAAGGGCGUCAAGUCUGCCCUGGGCGGCUCCGGGGCUGGGCUGGGCACGGGCGCCGGCUCCUACCUGGCUAGCAUGGAGACUCUCCUAGGAGACUACAUGGAGAGGCUGGGCACGCGCCUCAACGUCUUGGAGACGGAACUACGCUACGCCUGGCGCGCCCUCGACAUGCUCUCGCAAGAGUACGUCAAGAUGUGGGAGCGCCUCGAGAAGCUGGAGAUUCUCCUUUACGAACAGCAGGCCGUUAUCGCCCAGCUGCUGGAGUUCUACACAGCCUUUGAUCUUCAAGCUCUCCUCGUGGAGAAGGAAGAGCCAGCUUUACCUGCGGAAGCUGCCGCCGUCGCUGCCGCAGCUGCCGUCGCCGGCUCAACGGAUGAUAGCGAGAACAGGCUUAUUGACGAAGCCUUCUACAGGAGUCUCAACAAUGCUCAUCGUGACAACCUUUCCCAGGUGUCAGAGUCGACUGAUCAAGAACUGGCGAGAAUCUGGGACUUGGAAGAAACAGAAAAAGAAUCAGAUUCUUCCGAGGCCAGGAAAAAGGAAAAGGAGAGAGAGAAGGAAAAUGAGAAGGAUGAAGUGUACACAGCGGAUGAUUACAAGGACUACAGAGGUCAGAGUACUUGCAUCAGCGAACACGAUCUCCACGAGUUGCGCAAGUUCACGACGCUAGACAAAGUCGCACUAGGAAAGCUCAAAGAACUUGAUGCUCUCAGUGCCAAGCUUCUAAAAGAUUCCCAGAACCUGAGAGAUCUUCGGGAGAGAUUGAUUUCAUCACCAAAGCUUGGAUCUCCAACUUCAACCUCCCCACGGCACGUGACCAAGCCUGAGGGCGCCACUGCCGCCACUGUCUCUCAGCCAGUAGACAACAAGAUGGCAGAGUCUGUAGUCGACGUAAAACUACGUCAAAUGUAUCUUGACUCAAACCUCGAGGACUGGACGUUCAGUCCAAGAACUUCUGAGCCCCAGAGGAGUCGCCCGAACUCGCAACUGUCAACUGACAGCAACGCGACUGACUCCGAGAUCAUGGCAGCUCUUGGUCUGAAGGCAUCCGGACCUAUUGCGGGUUCACCACGACACCGCGACCUUCACGCCAAAGCUUCCUCACCCCUUCCGUUGGCAGAGUCCAGCUCAGGGACCAGCAAAGAUGCCAUGGCCAUGUCCGAUUUUAGCAUGUUGGGUCGUAAAACACCGGAUCCUCUCAUCGGGGGAGACAAGGCCAUUGGAACUUCUUCGCCAACUUUUUUCACAGCCUCUAGCGAAAAGUUGAGAUCUUCUUCACCUUUUGGGCCUUCAAGAACUCGCCAAGAUGGGUACAUAAGUUCUCCUCGAUCAGGGAGUCCAAAGGAUGUUACACGAGCCAAGAAAAUCUCCCUCACGCCCACCAAUCUAGAGCCAAGCUCCACCAGCAAGCGACCUGCUACUCCAUCAUUCAUGCCGUCGAAGGAAAUUGGCCACAGUCCUAGAGCCACCCCUCGUCUCAUGAGUCCCAAAAGUCCCAAAAGUCCUAAGAGCCCAAAGUCUCCUAAGACUGCCAAAAGUCCUUCACCAAUCCGGUACUCGGAGCUGGGAAAAUAUGACUCUGGCAUAUCCACUCUCAGCAGCAGCAUGAGUACAUCCUCUAGCAUCGAAAAGAGUCCGACCAGCCCAAGACCAGGCAGACGAGCCUCACCAUAUAGAACGGAACGAGGUGAGAGGCUCGAAGACCUGUAUCUGCCGUCCGCUACCUCAGCUGCCAUGCUGGCCUCUGUUACAACGACCUCGGCUCCUGUCAGUUUCCCUCCAACAUCAAUGUCUGCUUCCUUAAAUGACCAAUUCAAGUUUAGCAGCAUUGGAGAGGGUCUCACUAGAGAGUCGAAGAUGUUCAGCUCUGCACCAAUUCUUGAAGAAUCAAUCCAGCCUACCACAACGACGUCUUUUUUACACAUAUCAACCUCAAAGCCUGACAUAGUUAAUACAGCACUCUCUGCUGAGAAGGCAGACCCACGCAUAUCAUUCAUGUCCCCCUCCAUGCCCGUGGCGACCCCGGCUUCAGGUGCGUCCUCAAGUAUUCCUUCAGGCUACCUCACUCUUAGUCCGAGAAGGACGAGUGCCAAACCACGAGCUGGUAGUAAUGCCGCCUUCGAGGAGGCGUCUUUUAGUACGUACAGUAUCUACGCUCUUACUGCUGAUCCUAUCACCAGAGUCAGCAGCAGCAAGGCUGAGGAGAUGUUCUUGGAGGAUAUGCUAAUGAGUUCAUCUGCACCACCACCUCCUCCAGCACCUACGUCGAGCACAUAUUCUCACUAUUAUACUGGGUCACGGUCGAGUGUUGCCUCGUCUUCUCUCCUCACAAACACAUCGCUAGCUGACACUUACCCCUCGAACCUGUCCGUGUCGCCCAGCAUGGAGAGAACUUACCAGGGAAAGCAGCAGCAGCCAUACCAGACAUCGCCCUACAUCAACGAACCCAAAUACUCGGCUCCAGCCUACUUGAACGCUGCCGGAGAACUCAAAUUCGUCGGUCAGCACUCACGAAGAUUCGAUCAUCUUUCUGAUAUCGAUUCGGGACGGUCUGAAAACCGGCACAGCUUUGGUGCAGACAGUUCUGAUUCUAUUUCUUCGUAUUCAUCCAGUUCGAGCUUCUACCCGUCGUCUGGCCCGGGAGGAAAAGACACCAUGAAGUAUAAGUACCAGCCUACAUAUGGGCAACCUCCUCCAUACAGCACACCGCCUACCUCAUCCUCACACAUCGUCAGUAGAUAUGUUCCCAUGGAGGACAACCUCAAGGCAGGAACUAUAUCACGGUACAAGCAAGCCUAUGGCUAUGACCCGACACAGCCCAUUAUGAGAGACCUUUCUUAUGAAUCUCCUGAUGCCUACAUGAAUACAUAUCCUCCAAAGGAUCGGUAUCGGCCAGUCCCCACCAUGGCAGAGUCUCCCUUGCUGAAGAAUGAGGAUCUGUCAGGAUCGUUGAGGAAUAUGGAAAACAUCCUAUCCACUGCAGCCCACGAGCCUCCCCCUCCCCAGGGACCGUCCCCAACUCCUCGUUCCAGGAGCCGCUAUGACCGUCACCACAACACUCGGAGACACACACAGGCUGUCCCCACAACACACACGGAAAUCAUGCGCCAGAUGCAGUGGACAGAUGGAAAAACAGACAGAGAGGUCAAUCUGGAGCUUAAUCUCAAGAGGUACAGUCCUCAAAAUGUGCAGGAGCAUCGUCAGCUGGUGCAGGAGGCGCACCCAGCCCAGACCUACUAUGACAACAGUAACGUCCUGGUUUCGCAGGCAGGAUACAUCAGCAUCACGCAGGACACUGUGCCCAUCAAAACUAAGGGACAACAGGAGGAGAAGAAGAAACUGAGGCGUGGUGCUAGCAUGAAAUCUGCCCUCAACAGCAUGAGCAGGAUGAUCCCCAGCAUCGACAUCAUGGGCAAGCGGUCGAGAUCCCAUAGCCUACCCUCGCGACCUCUCCACGAAGAUGAGGCAAAACAUAAAGAUUACCAAACAGCAACACUUGGAAGGCGAAAAGAAAAGAAACGAAGUUCUCUCAUGUCGACCAUGUCGGGUUUCUUGCAGAAAACAAGACGGCGUGGAAGUAGCCUAUCACUUAGGUCCCUUUCUGAUUCGGAGCAAUCAGACAUGGAAAUCAGUCGACCUAUUCCUCGACGUACUAUCUGGGACGAUGACAGUGAUAACAGCAGUUUGAUGUCUGAUAGCACAACCGCUGCUGAUAACCUUUUCCCCACUAUGAAGCAAACGAAAAAGUACAGCUCUGCCUCAAGCAGCAAGGAAAAUAUUGCAGCUCUGGCAACGGCGGCUGAGUCUCCGCCUAAAACAGAAGAAAUAGCGUCUGACACAACAGAAGAAACACUUCUUCAAGACGUCGAGAGCCUCUUCCCAACAGUGGGUGAACUGAAACGAUCUGACAGUCGAGAGAAAGACGUGGAAGCCAAACAACCCUCAGGUUCCUCCCGCGUGGGGGGACGGCGAGAGUUUGCGGUGUCCCGUGCCCUAGGCAAGUACCGCCAGCGUCAUUCAUCUUCCGCCCACUCUGAUGAUCAGAGUGGCUCGGAGGAGGCAACACGCGCCAGCAGUAGCGGGUCUGACAGUGGUUCUCGCCCACCCAGCAACCAUCAGAUGUUGAGUCCACUGCCUCCCGGGGAGCUGCAGCCACAAGCUCUGUCUGACAGGCCUCCAGUGGGCCCAGGAGCUCCACCCUCCGAACUGCCUGCGCCAGAAGCACUCACACCAAAAGAUAACGUUGUUGUCAGUGAGCUGCAGCAGGUCAACAAUAACAUAACUGACCUGACGCGCGACACGACGGCCCAGGACCAAAACGCUGGCGACCAGUUCGGUUACCAGUACUACAAAGACGUAAACAUUCCGCCGAAUGUAAAUUUUCCCAUGAGCGGCCAGGAGACCCUUCUCGUUGGUGGUACAUGUCCCCCAGCACCGACUUAUAAUGCCCCCCAACUCCCUCGUGAUGCCCAACCCUUUCCUGGCCAUGCUCAACAAUCCUUUCCCCAACAUCCACAGGAAUCUACCCUUAUCCAACCUUCUAAUGUUGCCUCUCUCUCUUAUUAUGAUCCAAACUUCCCCUCCAACACUGGUUAUAUUCAGCCAAAAAACGGGGAAGCGCCCGCCCCUAACAGCAGGCCUGCGGCAGUGGAGGCUUCCCUUGGGUUUGGCAUGUCUUCUGCUGCCGCAGCCGCUGCCGUCCUUCUCCAGCAACCUGUAGUUAACAAAAACAUUGAUAUUAACGUGUCAGGGGAGGCGGGCGAUAGCGACACUUCUGUAAGCGAAUCUCUUGGAAUGGAAGGAACUCCAUCCCGUGGCCGAGACCACAGCAGACGCUCUCCACCUGACGCUGCCAAAGACUAUAGGCUGGCUCCCCCCAGUCAAAGAACACACUCGGAGGAAGAUGACAAUCGCUCAGUGCGAAGCUUUCGCAUGUCCCGAGGUUCCUCGAGACGCCAGAGCACCGAAGACUCCAUCGACUCCGAUGAUGAGUGGUACCGCUAUGAGCUGCGCAAACUGGAGCUCAUGGAGGCUGACCAGUGGCGGGAACCCGAAUUAGAGGAGUGCUAUCCGAUGCAGCCAGAUGACCGAGUACGUGAUUACAUGAACGUAGUGUUAUGUGAGCUGCAAGGACGCGUAAAACUGGCGGAUACAGAUUUACCCGGCUUUGACCGUUCUUCCUCAGUUCAGCCUGUUGCAGCCCAGUAUGCUCCAAAAGCCGGGUCCCCGGGCUUACCCACGGCGGUCUCCCCCAUACAACCCUUGUACCAGGCACCACAGGACGUCUAUGAGGAUGCCAUGUCCAGUGCCCUCUCCACUGAAUCAGCGUUCUUCUCUGCAGCUGGAGACAGCCGGCAGAGUUCUCUUCAGUACUCUGAAUCUCAAGACACUCAGGCCUCCCAGGAGAGCGCCAUGUUCUCCAUGUACAGUGGAGACGCACGAGGUUUACUAGAGGAGUCUACUCCAGCAAAGACCCGCCCUACACAGUCCAUCAUGCGUGCUCGCAUCGACUCUGAUGACGAUGGUUCCUCAGGAGAAACUUCAGGUCCUGACUCCCCUGAAGAGGAUGUAGAAGAAGAAGAAGAUGACGAAGAGCCACUAACACCAGUUAUCAAAGAGGCAGCUACCAUACCCACGCCAAGUGAAGAACCUCCGGUAGUUCAGAAGAGUCGGCGGACGCUGCCAGUGCCUCCUACGGAAGCUCCAAAACCUCUGCCGGGUGAGAUGGAGUUGUUUUCACGUCCAGCCGAUACUGUCUCCCCAAAACCAGCCGAUGAAUCUGACCAACUUACAGACGAUCUCGCCUAUGGCUCUGACCUCGUGUCUCACUCGGAUAGUAUCGCAGAAGGGCCCGCGGAACCUGUGGAGAUCACUGUUCCACCGAAGGAGCCCCCGGUUAGUGAAGUCAAGCCAGAUACAGAGCACAUUACCCCAGGAGGACUCAGUUCGGUACCCGAAGACAAACCUCUACCAGAAAAGCACUUAGAACGUACAGACACUACACCAGAAAUUACUGUCGAUGGGGAGGACGGGACCUCUGAAAAAGGGGAGGACUCCCAGGCCUCCCCAGCUAAGCCCAAGCCCUCUUUGAGAGGCCCCGGCAGUAAGUGGAAGCUGGUAAAGGCCCUCAAGGAGAAGAAGGAAGAGCAGAAGGCGGAGAAGGAAGAGGAGACCUCGUGUAAUCUGGCACCACGGCAAAGCAUCACCUCUCAAACGUCUGACGAGGAGCAUGAUCGAGGAGGUCUGGAUGGCGUUGUUACCAAGCUCAUGCCGGGCGACAACCCAUUCUACAGUAACAUCGACAGCAUGCCUGACAUACGACCCAGGAGGAAGUCCAUACCUCUUGUCUCCGAGCUGACGAUGGCGGCGACGAAGAGGAACGCAGGGCUGACCUCCGCCGUGCCCAGGGCUUCGCUCAACGACGAAGAGUUGAAAAUGCAUGUGUACAAGAAGACUCUACAAGCGUUGAUCUACCCCAUCUCCUCUACGACACCUCACAACUUCCUCAUGUGGACGGCUACCUCGCCCACCUACUGUUACGAGUGUGAGGGCCUGUUGUGGGGCAUCGCUCGCCAGGGUGUUCGCUGUGUCGAGUGUGGCGUCAAGUGCCACGAGAAGUGCAAGGACCUCCUCAACGCCGACUGUUUGCAGACUGCCUUCAACCUCCUCGAGUAUCAUCCCUGGGCACCCAACGUGGAGAUUAUUCACCUCUUACUUGAACGAGCGGCCGAGAAGAGCAGUAAACACGGAGCUGAAGACAAGACCAAUAACAUCAUCGCCGCCAUGAAGGAGAGGAUGAAGAAGAGGGAACUAGAGACGCCCGAGAUCUUCGAACUUAUUAGGGAUGUCUUUGGCGUGGAGGACAAGAGCCACGUAGGCCACAUGAUGUCUGUGAACCAGUCAGUGCUUGACGGAACUAGCAAGUGGUCAGCUAAGAUUGCCAUCACAGUGAUCUGCGCUCAGGGUCUCAUCGCCAAGGACAAGAGUGGUACCUCUGACCCUUACGUUACCGUCCAGGUGGGCAAGGUUAAGAAGAGAACCCACACCGUCCCUCAGGAACUUAACCCAGUCUGGAACGAAAAGUUCUACUUUGAGUGCCACAACUCCAGCGACAGAAUCAAGGUACGAGUGUGGGACGAAGACAACGACAUCAAGUCUAAACUACGACAGAAACUCACCAGAGAGAGCGAUGACUUCCUUGGCCAGACCAUCAUUGAGGUACAAGAACUCUCCUCACCACCUCGAGCCAGUGUGGUUGUGAAAGACUGUGCCAUAGCCUGUCUCAGGUCCACCUACCAGUUCCUGUUCGAGAAUUGCUAUGAGCUCUACAACAGAGAAUUUCAGGUGGACCCAUCAGAGAAGAAGGAAGGUGGAGAACAGGGGCCACGACUAGAGAGUGUCGACUUCUGGCACAAAUUGAUUGCCCUCAUUGUGUCUGUCAUUGAAGAGGACAAGAACAGCUAUGCCCCCGUCCUCAACCAGUUCCCUCAGGAGUUCAACAUUGGACAGCUGUCUGCCUCAACUAUGUGGAGUAUGUUUGCAGUAGAUAUCAAGUAUGCUCUGGAGGAGCAUGAGCAACAUCGCUUGUGUAAGAGUAGUGAAUACAUGAAUCUCCACUUCAAAGUAAAGUGGCUGUACAAUAAUUACGUAAAGGAUGUGCCUCCCUACAAAGACCAAGUGCCUGAAUACCCAGCGUGGUUUGAGCCAUUUGUGAUGCAGUGGCUCAAUGAGAACGACGAUGUGUCGCUCGAGUACCUCAACGGUGCCUUCCAGAGAGACAAGAAAGAUGAAUUCCCAGUCAGUUCUGAGAGUUCGCUCUUCUCAAACUCUGUGGUUGAUGUCUUCACUCAGCUGACUCAGUGCUUCGGUGUUGUCUCAAAAUUGGAAUGUCCAGACCCUGAGAUCUGGAAAAGAUUUAUGAAGAGAUUUGCCAAGACGAUAGUUAAGGUGCUCUUAGCGUAUGCUGAUAUUACCAAAAAGGAGUUUCCCAAUUAUGUUGGUGAUGAGAAAAAGGCUUGCAUUUUGAUGAACAACAUCCAGCAACUCAGAGUUCAGCUUGAAAAGAUGUAUGAGAAGAUGGGAGGUGGUAACCUGGAGGAAGAUGUUGCCACCAUUCUCAAUGAGCUGCAGGGAACUCUCAACACCGUCCUCGAUGAACUUGCUCAUAAGUUUGCUAAGAGCUUGGAGUGCCGCAUUGCCGUCAAGGUGAAAGAGAUGGGCGAUAAACUAGCAGCAGUCAAAGGUACAGGACAGGUCCAGCCUUCACAACGUAAUGAAGUGGCCAUCGAGGCCGACGAUGUCCUCGUACCACUGAUGGACCUGCUGGAGGUCUCGCUCACCCUCUAUGCCCAGUCCUGUGAGAAGACAGUCUUAAAACGACUUCUGAAGGAGUUGUGGAAGAUUGUCAUGACCACCAUGGAGAAGACGGUUGUCCUGCCUCCCAUGACUGACAAGGCAAUGAUGCUCAAGAACCUGACAGACAAUGCCAAGAAUUUAGCUGCUAAUGCAAAGAUCGAAGACAUGUCUCGGCUCUUCAAGAACCAGCUGGCCGGUGGGAAAGACGUCAAGAACGCUGUCUCAAACAUUAUGGAUAUCUCUAAGGACUUUGAGCGUAACUUAACACCCAAGCAGUGUGCUGUGUUGGAAGUGGCACUGGAUACCAUCAAGCAGUACUUCCAUGCAGGCGGCAAUGGCCUUAAGAAGAACUUCCUCGACAAAUCUCCAGAACUAAAAUCUCUGAAUUAUGCAUUAUCUCUGUACACACAAACCACUGACACACUCAUCAAGACAUUCUGUACCACUCAAACGAAUCAAGUUCCCGCAAACGACACUAAGUUUCCCGGCAAGGCCAAGAAAAAGAAAAAGGAACAAGUACGAGAAGAGGAAGAAGAGUAUGAAGAAGAAGGGGAGGAUGAAGAUGAACCUGAGGCAGAGGACGAUAAUGACGAUCCAGUUAAGGCAAAGAAAUUCCGAAAGAGACUGUCAAUGGGUGAUAAGAGAGGUUCUACUGAAGAAGGUACUGUUGGAGAGAUCAGUGUCCAGGUGGACCUCUACACUCAUCCAGGGACAGGUGAACAACGUAUCAAUGUCAAGGUUGUGGCAGCCAAUGAUCUUCGGUGGCCCACGACAGCAGGAGGAAUGUUCCGCCCCUUCGUCGAGGUCAACCUCAUAGGUCCUCACCUGGCAGACAAGAAGAGAAAGUUUGCCACGAAGUCUAAGUCUAACAGCUGGUCGCCCAAAUAUAAUGAGAGCGUCCAGUUCUUAAUUGGGAGUGAAGAAGGUCCUGAGAGCUUCGAACUUCACAUCUGUGUGAAGGACUACUGCUUUGCUCGUGAUGAUAGACUGGUGGGAGUAGCUGUGCUUCAGCUUAGAGACAUUGUUGAUCAGGGUUCGUGCGCAACAUGGCUCUUCCUGGGCAAACGCUGUCAAAUGGACGAGACUGGAUGGACAGUGUUACGAAUUUUGAGCCAACGCACCAACGAUGAAGUAGCAAAGGAAUUUGUCAAGCUUAAGUCAGAAGUCAGAGGGGAACCACCCAUUACUCAAUAGGCAGACACAGGAGCAACCUUUUUACUUCAGUGAAAAUCUUGCCUCCAUUAUUCAGUGAUAAAUGACAGUGGUCAGUUCAGUCAACUGUCAGUAUAAAAGAAAAGGACCCUGGUUCUUCUAGUGAGUGGUUCCUAAUAAAGUAGGACACAGGAAAACUCAGACCCAUCACAGGGUUGUUGAAGGGUCAUUCAUCCCAAAGUGGCCGGGUCCAGAGGAGACCACUAACCUCCAUGGAUAAUUAAUCCAUGUGAAGCUUGUGUGCAUGGCUGCUGACUGAUGUGAAAAUAAGAACAAAUACUAAUUGGUUAAGCAAUUGGGGUAGUUAACAGUGGAGCUAGUUUUGGGAUUUAAUCAAACUGUAGACCAAAAGAUAUUUGAUGGAUGGAACCAUCAGCAUCUAGAAACUAUUCUGUUGGUAUUAGAAGGAUUUAAUGAAAUAAAAGAUAUCUAAAAGAACUACACGUUUGACAAACUCGGUGCGUUGCGGCCAUGCAGGACUAUGAGCGGGAAUGUCUGUGAUACAGUAUUGUGAAUGAUUACCCUGGACUACAUGUGUGGACCGUCAAGAAGGCAUAGUAAAUAAGUGCAGAGCUACAAAAUAGAUACCGUACAGAAGCUGUGUGUUCUCGUUUCAAUGGAAUACAAGUUCUCUGCUCUUCCAAAACCCCCUUGUUUAAAAGUUUGUAAAAUAGUAUUUUGAAUCAUUUCAAGAUGAUGGUGUUCAUUCUGUAUAAUACAAUACUGGUAAGAUGUACAACAUAUACACCAGUUACAGUAAUAUAUUAUUAUGAAGGAAGUGUCCCAGUAGCUUCAAGUCUCAGCAUGGCACAUGUCAUGUUACUGUCCCAUUUUCUGUGGUGGUGUGAAAGAUAACGGCUGAACCUAAAUGGUUACUUUCCCAUUUGCUGUUAAGUGGUCAUAGGGUAAGUCUGCUGUUUUGUGCUGCAUUACUCUUUACUUCUCUUAAAGUGAGGAAAUAAUGAUAUCUGAAUUAAUCACAUGAUUUAAGUUGUAAGCACAAACUCUUAUUUUUCUAUGUAAUCUUGGCACAUAUUAUCAAAAGGUGCACAUUCAUAUUUCGCCUUUGCCCUCAGAUUCAAUAAGCAAUCCAUUGUACAUAUCAUUUUACCAUUAGGUUAGUCCUCAACUGUAAUUAUGAAUAAUUGGGUGAUUGUUACGUAUUUUCCUAACUUUUACUUUCGCUGGUUCAGGUCCGCUACGUCGGACAUGGGAAAGCAAGAGGUUAUGGUCUAUGAUGUUGAUUGUUCUACUACUUUAUUAGUGGUGCAUUUAUUUGUCUCGGGACUGGCCAAAGUAAGCCCAAGCUGGUUUGUUGAUAAAACUCAUUUUCCUACUCACAACACAGAGAAAGACGAUUUAAUAGUAGACUUUCGUGGGUUUACUUGGGCUGCUAGUGAGCAAUUUGUUGCUAGUUGGUGUUGACCAGUGUGUGUGUGUGUGUGUGCGCGCGCGCGUGUGUGUGCGCGUGUGUGUGUGCUUGUGUGCAUGUAUGUGUGUGUAUAUGCAUGUGUAUGUGUGUGUUUGCUUUGUGUGCACUAUCGGUAUGUUUUCUUAACCAACGGGCACAUAUUGUACCUGUUAAAUAUUGGCAUGUUUGAACUUUUGCAGUGACAGGUAACCAGUGUAAUGACUGGGUAGCUGUAGGUAUCCAUGGAUAUUUUAUACAGAUGUGGUAUGUUGCAGAGCAACACAGGUUACUGAGCAGACCGCUAUUAUCAUGUCCAGAUUUUAUAAACUGAGAAUUUUAAGAAUGGCUAGAUCAUGUGUCAUAUUAGGGAGUAAUUAUUUGAAAUUAAUUUUUUAUUAAACUACAGAAAAAACAUACCUGUGCACAAUGAAAAGUUAUGAACUAAAAAAUAAAAUAGCUAAAUUUUAGGGGGUUAAUAUAUUUACUGAAAUAGGAGCCAAUAAAUUGUUUUAAUUUAAAUUGUUAAAAAAAUAUGAGCAGAAUCAUAAUUUUGUAAUAUUUCAUACAAGAGGAAAUUUAAUCAUUAGUUUUAGAAAUUUUAAUAAAUGGGAUUCUAUGGUAAAUUCAUUAUUCUCAGUAACAAUGCUGCCUGCUUCUCUGAAGUUAUACUGUACUCUGUUGGUUAGCUGUAUGAUUAGAAACUAGGAGGAUUGUUCAGAAGCUUAGUUGGUACAGGAAGCACUGGGGAUGCCGAUUGAAGGGAAACCCAGGGAGCUGUGAAGAUGGAGGUGUGGUGGAGGACAAGUAAAUGGUGGGGGGGCAUGGCAAGGUGUCUCGUGAGAAGGUCCUGAUGAGCGGGAUAUGAUGCGAGCAUGUGAAUGGUGUGAGGAGAAUGUCUCGUUAGUAAAACAACUUAAUGGUAAAAUCCUUGAAUAACUUAUGAGGGUCUGUAUGUGUAAAGGUUGGGGAACUUCACAUGAAAAAAUGUGAACUAAAACCCAAGAGAGAUAAACCCAAAUUUAUUGGAUUUGGUGGGAGGGAGAGGGUAGGAUUUAAAGGAUGGGUAUGUACAGGAUGCUAGUACUAAAGAAUGGAUCAAGAUAUGAAUAGAAGAAAGUAUUUGAUACAAAUAUUACGGAGAUAAGGUAAAAGAAUUGAAAAACACUGGUAAAAUAGACAAUGUGUCAAAAGCUGUAGGGAAGACAGGUUGUUAGAAGAGGGAAGUACAUAAGGAUGACCUUAGAGGAGGAACUUACAGGGUAAAUAGCACACUGAAUGGUUUGAGGAAAAGAACAUAGAGAGAGAGUGGGGGUGCAACAGGAAGGUGAUAACCUUUAACCCUUAAACUGUCCAAACGUAGAUCUACGUUGACAUGUGUAGAGCUCCGACCUUGAUUUUCUCCAUUUGAAAGCAUGUAAAAUCGGACGUAGAUCUACGUUCGGAGCACUACGCACGUCAACAUAGAUCUAUGUUUGGACAGUUUAAGGGUUAAGGGGCCUAAAUAGAAAAGAAUAAUUUCAGAGGAGGGGGCCUAGGUGUUGAAAAUAGCAAGGGGAAAGUCGGGUGACUACGGAAGUGCCGCUAGAGAGCCACAUAGAGAGCAGCAGCAUGACUGUGCAAGCAAGGAUAAGCAGAAUCUUCCAAAGCAUGUACAUAGUUGCCCCUUAUACCCAAGGAAAAAAAGAAAAAACUCUCAUGCUAUACCAUUCUGUUGUCCAGUCUUUUCCUCCAUAGUACAGUGAACACACUUGGGAUGUUAGGAACUUUGCACCCCACCUUAAAUUAGUAUUAUUUUUAGUUGCUCCUUAAGCUUUCUGUUUUUCUUUUUUUUAUUUUUAAGAAUAAGUUGAGCAAGAUCUAGUGCACGAAAUAACAUCCCAGGUGUGUUCAGACCCUAACUUACCUUCUUACGUGUUGGCAUGCCAUUUCCAACUCCAAGAGGCUGGGGGAUUCUCGCCUCUAUACCCCCAGGGUGACAAUAGAGAUUUGAGAUUCCUCCAGUGUGCCUCACCUAGAUUUUUAUGAUGCCACCUUACUAUCCUAUUGCAGCAUGAAUGGUGUGGUGAUCAUUUCAGGAUGUGUAAAGAGGCUUUACAUUAAAUAUGUGAAGUCUCAGUUCAAAGCUUUUGAGUCAUUACACUCAUCUUGAUGUAAAUAUGUCAUUUAUCAUCGUGAGUGCGAUAAAAAAAAUACCUAUUUAAUCUAUCAAACAUUACUCUCUCUCUCUCUCUCUCUCUCUCUCUCUCUCUCUCUCUCUCUCCUCUCCUCUCCUCUCCUCUCUUCUCUUCUCUAUCUCCUCUCUAUCUCCUCUCUAUCUCCUCUCUCCAUCCUCUCUCUCUCUCUCUCUCUCUCUCUCUCUCUCUCUCUCUCUCUCUCUCUCUCUCUCUCUCUCUCUCUCUCUCUCCCCCAUCUCUCUCCCAUCUCUCUCGUCUCUCAUCUCUCCUCUCUCUCUCGCUCUCAAACAAUUUCACUUUUAGUCACUGGGUAUGUCUUUAGUUCAUUCCCAUGGUGGUACCUUGCCCAUUUGUUGACUUCAACUAUGGGAGACCACGAUCCCAUUUUUGACAACUUGUGUGCCUUUCUGUACCCAUAAUAAGUCCCAGGGGGUCCACGAUGCUUUAGUUACUCACCAUAGACCCGGCCCGAGCGAGUUGUCGUCGGUGGAGCGAGGGGGCAGUGCAGACUGGUGGAUGCUCUAGUGGAUGAUACUACAUAACAUGUAUAGUGGUUAUACAUACACAAAUAUACUCGGUGUUGGUGCAGAGAUACUUCACGGACUCGUGACUGCUCUUAAAGACUUGUUUAGGGGUUGUAAGAUGCACACAUUCUUCAGUGUCAAACAUUCGCAAAUGAAUUAAUAGAUGAAGCAGUGUAAGGCUGGUGUUCUGUAUAAAUUACUAAAUUUAAAAAGAAAAACUUUCGUUUUUCUUUUUGGGCCACCCUGCCUUGGUGGGAUAUGGCCAGUUUGUUGAAAGAAGAU